AUGAAGCAACUACACACCAUUGCAGAGGCUGCAUCAGAUAGAGCAGAAAUGCACAGCAUCAUUGGAGCUCAACGCAACGACUGGCACCACCUCCUCUUCCACUCCAUCAACUCCAUUAACUUCUCAGCUUCCUUCAUGGCUUGCAUGGCAAACUCCACUGCUCCUCAUCAUCCGGCCUUCCUCAUGACCUUUUUAGCUUUCAAGUUCUCGUCUGUUUUCCUCUAUGCAACAGUCACUGCAUUCAUAAUUCUUGUUAAUAAGAUACAACCUUCACAACUUGCAGAAGAGCAAAGGAAUGCCACUAGACUGUUUAAGCAGUUAGAGAAGUCUAUAUAUAGUACUCUAGAGCUUGAAACUCCUAGUAUUAUGGACGUAGAGAUGGCAAUGGAGAGAGUUCUGGCUCUUGACAAAGCUUAUCCUCUUCCCUUUGCUUCCUGGGAUGCUCGAGAAGUUCCCCAAGACGGUGAAGCCUACGAUAUGGUGGCCGGAGAUGAAGAAGAGGAAGGAAGAAGUUCAAGUGAGAAAAGAAGUUGA